GGACAAAGUGGGACUUAGACGCACACGGCGAUAGUUCUUCACUCCGCCAUUUCUAGUCGGAAUUUCAUUUCAGAAUAAUUUCUCAAAUGGAAGGACAAAACAGCGAUCGCUCUGGUUCACCCGCAAAGAUUGCGGAUGAAGGCAUUGGAUCGGGAGAUACCGGGGAUCUCAAGUCAAAAAUUCAAGAAAAUAAGUUAACGAACGGUUCAAAUAAACCAGCCAAUGGCGUGGCUAAUCAUGUAGAGGGCUCAUCGUCACGUCGGGACAAGGAGAAUAACUCCAGUUCUAAACAUUCUUCAUCCUCCAGCUCAAAACAUAAAGAUGGUAGUUCUCAUAAACCUCGUGAUGGUCACAGUAGCAGUAGUAAAGAUGGCCACCGUUCCUCUAGCUCAAAACACAGUUCUUCAAGUUCCAAACACAGAGACAGCAGUAGUCAUUCCAAGGAUAAACACAGCUCUAGUGAUAAGCACAGCUCUAGCGAUAAACACAGCUCUAGCAAUAAACACAGCUCUAGUUCUUCAAGUCAUAAACACAGCUCAUCAAGUUCCAGCGACAAACACAAACAUAGUUCGUCUAGUGACAGACACAAGGACAGGUCGAAAGACGGCAGCAGUAAAAGCUCUGAUAAACAUAAAGACAAAUCCUCCUCAUCCUCAUCUAAAGACAAACAUCGUGACGAUAAACAUCGUAGCGAUAAGGAUAAAGACCGCCACAAGGAAAGCUCAAGUAAAGAUAAAUCGCGUUCAGAUAGCGACCGGGAGAAAAAUAAAAUAAAAGAAGAAAAGAAAGAUGGAACGCCCAUUAAGAUAAAGGAAGAAAGACGUGAUCAUUCACCCAUGAAAGUCAAAGAAGAGAAACGUGAUCAUUCACCCGUGAAGAUCAAAGAAGAAAAGCGUGAUAAAUCCCCCACUAAAUUAUCCUCUCCUAAAAUAGCAUCCCCCUUGUCCUCACCUAGAAUGACGUCCCCUAAAUCUGAUUCGGAGAGACCAAAAAAGGUGAAACGUGAAAUGUCUGAUGAUGAAGAUGAUGUACCACUGUCAUCCAGGGUGAAAACAGAAACACCAAAACGUAAACUAGAAGAAUCAAGUGAUGAUGAACCUCUGUCAGCCAGAAUGGAUAAAGUGAAGAAAGUUAAGAAAGAAGAUAAACCUAGUAAAAAAAGGAAAACUGAUGACGAUGAUUUUAAACCUGAUAAAGUUAAAAAAUCAAAAAAAGAUAAGAAAGCUAACAGGACAAACACCACCACCACCACGCAAUCUCCUAAAAAGAAAGCUAAAAAAGAAGUGGAAGAACAGGCCGUUUGGAAAUGGUGGGAAGAGGAGAAGAAAGAUGAUGGAGUUAAAUGGAAAACUUUACAACAUCAAGGUCCGGUUUUUGCCCCAGAUUACGAACCUCUUCCAUCGAGCGUCAAGUUUUAUUAUGAUGGUAAAGUGAUGAAAUUAACGCAAGACACAGAAGAAGUUGCAACGUUUUAUGGUAAAAUGUUAGAUCACGAUUAUACAUCAAAAGAAGUUUUUAAUACAAACUUCUUCCGAGACUGGAGAAAGGUUAUGACGAAAGAGGAACGAGAGAAGAUAACAGAUUUAAAAAAAUGUAAUUUUAAUGAAAUAAACGAUUAUUUUAAAGUGAAAACAGAAGAAAGAAAAGCAAUGACCAAAGAACAAAAAUUGGUGAGUUUAAAUUUAUAA